AUGUCUACUCCUGUUGCAGGUAGUCUGAGACUCGUGGCCACUCCUCAGGUAGACUUACCCCGCGAUUAUGUGUGUAUAUCGCCCGAGCUUGCAGAGUCAACUGUCUUCUGUGCACACGAGAAGGACGAGGGCGGCGGAUGCACUGGCAAAUAUGUAGAGAGAUCUCUAGAGGAAGGCGACUACGUCAUGCUUGUUAGACCGCCAUCUCUCACGUGGCUUAGCACACAGCCUAUGAGAGUCAAGUUUUGGGAUCGCCCAUGCAUAGGCAUAAAGCCAGAAGCGUUUGCAGGCUUUCAUGGCGACUACGACGGCGACGAGGCCCACUGCUACCCGUUGUCUUCGCCGGAGUCAUUGUGGGAGGCCUCUAACUGGGUGGUGCCCGAGCUCGAACAGUUCGCACGCGGUCGGCGCAUGAUGAAGGAGCUUGGGCUACAACCUGACACCCUGAAGCUAGAGGACCACUCACACUUUGUUGAGUACACAAUACUGAGCUCACGUCAGCUCGCCGAGGGCGAGGAUGGACUGUACUUCGGGGAGGAGUCGAGAAAUCCCAAGGUGUACGUGAACGGAAUGUCCAAGAGAUACAACGACACCUCUACAGAGGACACCUUUGUGCUCGAGUCUGUGAGAGGAACGAUGGACAUACUCAGACAACAGCUCUCGCAAAGCUCCACAGAUGAGAUGACCAGGAACGCCAAGAUCUCAUCCUCGUGCUUCUACAGGCCUGAGGACGGCAACAUGUGCAAUCAAACCAGGCAGGGUAACGUAGUGCUUGCUCGAGGCGUGGGCUGCGACCCCGGGUCCCCGGUCAACCGAGCUGUAAUGAUGCUGUGCUCAAAGGCGCAGCAGUCGGCGCUAGACGCACACAGGGUGGGCUCUAAGGCCAACACAGGCUUCGAUUUCAUUGCAGAUAUCUUCAAGCCUAACGUGUCGACUCAUGACCCCGAGGGGCUGGCGACCUUUUGCAUGUUCGACUCCAGGGCAGAGAAGAAGGCUAGGGACACAGCCUAG